AUGCGCCCAAGGUCCUCUACUGCACGCCCGUGGUUGUGGUACAGACGCCUGAGUUGCAAUCCAACUGCACGCCCAUAUUUGUUGACACGCAUCUCGACCGUGACUCGUCCCGCUCGCUCCCAGUCCCCGGUCCCAGUUUCACCAUUCGAGCACCGCUGGACCCGCUCAUUCUUCCAUACAUCCUCCCACCUGUCCCUCAGCCCCUCCCCUUCAACCAUGACGCAGAUCGAACGCAUUACAGAAUGUCUGGAGAAGCCGGACUUGGAUGACCGUUCCUACCGGGUCAUUCGACUACCGAAUCAGCUCGAGGCACUACUGGUGCACGAUCCUGAUACCGACAAGGCCAGUGCUGCCGUCAACGUUAAUGUCGGAAACUUUUCUGAUGAAGAUGACAUGCCAGGGAUGGCACAUGCUGUAGAGCAUUUGCUGUUCAUGGGCACAAAAAAGUACCCCAAGGAGAACGCCUACAACCAGUACCUAGCCGCCCAUUCGGGCUCCUCCAAUGCAUACACUGCCGCGACCGAAACGAACUAUUUCUUUGAGGUAUCGGCCACUGGCGACUCAAGCGCGCCGAAAUCUACCGGUCAGAACACCCCCACCGAGUCUAUAAAUGGGACAAACGGCAUUGCCAGCGAUGCCUCAUCUACCAACACUUCGGAAACAGACGGUCGGUCGCCGUUGUAUGGUGCGCUUGAUCGUUUUGCCCAAUUCUUUGUUUCUCCGCUCUUCUUGGAGUCCACAUUGGAUCGGGAGCUGCGUGCUGUGGAUUCGGAGAACAAGAAGAACCUUCAGAGUGAUUUGUGGCGAUUGAUGCAGUUGAACAAGUCACUCUCCAAUCCCAAACAUCCGUAUCACCACUUUUCCACGGGUAACCUGCAGACUCUCAAGGAAGACCCGCAGAAACGCGGUCUUGAGGUCCGCAGUGAAUUCAUCCGAUUCUAUGAGAAGCAUUACUCAGCCAACCGAGCCAAACUGGUAGUCUUAGGACGAGAGAGUCUAGACGUACUGGAACAAUGGGUCUACGAGCUGUUUGCGGAUGUGGAAAACAAGAAUUUGCCCCAGAACCGUUGGGACGAUGUCCAGCCUUUCUCGGAGGAGGACAUGUGCACACAGGUUUUUGCCAAGCCGGUCAUGGACUCCCGCUCUAUGGACAUGUAUUUCCCCUUCCUGGAUGAGGAGAACCUGAACGAGUCUCAGCCAAGCCGCUAUAUUAGCCACUUGAUUGGCCACGAAGGCCCCGGUAGUGUUCUUUCUUACUUGAAGGCUCAAGGUUGGGCCAAUGGCCUCUCAGCAGGCGCUAUGCCCAUUUGUCCCGGCUCCGCCUUCUUCACUAUUUCGGUUCGUCUGACCCCCGAGGGCUUGAAGCAGUACCAGGAGGUUGCCAAGGUGAUCUUUGAGUAUAUCGCUAUGAUCAAGGAGCGUGAGCCGGAACAGUGGAUCUUCGACGAAAUGAAGAACUUGGCCGAGGUUGAUUUCCGGUACAAGCAGAAGACCCCCGCGAGCCGUUUCACCAGUCGCCUGAGCAGUGUGAUGCAGAAACAACUCCCUCGUGAGCACCUGCUCAGUGGUUCCUUGCUGCGACGAUUCGAUCCGGAGAUCAUCAAGAAGGCAUUGACUUAUCUGCGUGCUGAUAACUUCCGCCUCAUUAUUGUGUCCCAGGAUUAUCCGGGUCAAUGGGACAAGAAGGAAAAGUGGUACGGUACUGAGCACAAGGUCGAGAAGAUUCCUCAGGACUUCUUGGGAAGUAUUCAGGAGGCCCUGCAAUCGACAGCGGCGACUCGUACUUCUAACGUCCAUAUGCCUCACAAGAACGAGUUUGUGCCGACUAGACUGUCUGUGGAGAAGAAAGAGGUCCCGGAGCCCGCGAAGACACCAAAGUUGAUUCGUCACGAUGAGCGUGUUCGAUUAUGGUUCAAAAAGGAUGACCGAUUCUGGGUUCCUAAGGGAACAGUUCAUGUGACGUUGCGCAACCCGCUGGUGUGGGCUACACCGGCCAAUCUUAUCAAGACCAAGCUCUACUGUGAGCUCGUGCGAGACUCUUUGGACGAAUAUUCCUAUGAUGCCGAGCUCGCAGGAUUGGACUACCACCUUGCAGCGAACAUCUUGGGCCUAGAUGUCUCGGUCGGUGGAUAUAACGACAAGAUGUCUGUUCUUCUGGAGAAGGUUUUGACCACCAUGCGGGGCCUAGUUAUCAGCCAGGACCGGUUCAAUAUCAUCAAAGAGCGCCUCACGCGGGCAUUCCGCAAUGCCGAGUACCAGCAGCCUUUCUACCAAGUUGGCGACUACACACGAUACCUUUUGGCAGAGCGCAGCUGGGUCAAUGAGCAGUACAUUGAGGAGCUAGAGCAUAUUCAAGCGGAUGAUAUUGUCAACUUCUUCCCUCAGCUACUGGAGCAGACUCACAUCGAGGUGUUGGCUCACGGUAACCUUUACAAGGAGGACGCCCUGCGUAUGACAGAUCUUGUGGAAAAGACUCUUGAGGGCCGGCCUCUUCCUCCAUCACAGUGGUAUUUGCGACGCAAUAUGGUUCUGCCUCCGGGCAGUAACUUCGUCUACCCCCGGACGCUCAAGGAUCCCGCAAAUGUCAACCACUGUAUCGAGUACUACCUCUAUAUUGGAAUCUUCUCCGACGAUACACUACGCGCCAAGCUGCAACUGUUUUCUCAGCUGACUGACGAGCCUGCCUUUGACCAGCUCCGUAGCAAGGAGCAGCUCGGGUACGUCGUAUGGAGUGGAUCGCGCUAUAAUGCGACCACCAUGGGCUAUCGUGUAAUCAUCCAGAGUGAACGCACAACGCAGUACUUGGAGUCUCGAAUUGAAUCGUUCUUGACCGAAUUUGGCGUGGCACUUGACAAAAUGCCGGAGGAGGAGUUCGAGGGUCACAAGCGAAGUGUUAUCAACAAGCGCCUGGAGAAGCUCAAGAACCUGGGCUCGGAAACUAGCCGCUACUGGUCCCAUGUCGGAUCGGAGUACUUUGACUUCUUGCAACACGAGACCGAUGCAGCGAACGUGCGUUUGCUCACCAAGCAGGAUUUGACUGCUUUCUACAAACAGUAUAUCCAGCCCGGUUCAACCACCCGCGCUAAGCUGUCCAUCCACCUGAACGCGCAGUCGGGAACCAAGGCUGAUGAGAACAACCCGUCUGACAAGCGCGCCCGUUUGGUCGAUAUUGUCUACAAGCAGCUUGAAGCUUCUGGGUUUGCUGUGGACCUUUCCCGUCUAUCAAGGGCUUUUGAGCAAGUGGAUAUGGCUCUGAUCGACCAAUCUCAGAUUUUGUUUAUCGCCAAGACUUUCCUGGCUGCUGACCUGAGUCUGUCCCCCGAGCAGAUCACCCCGGUCACUGAGAAGCUAGAGCAUGCCCUCGGCCCCCAACUGAAGCAACUUGGCCCGGAGCCAAACGAAACCGACCAGGCCUCUUCAACCAACGGGACCUCGGUCAUUAAUGCCCAAGAAGCCAUAACCAUCACAGACGUGCCUACCUUCAAGGCUCGUCUUCCUGUCAGCACUGGCCCCGUGCCGGUGUCUGAUCUCACCGAGUUCGAAGACUUCGAUGCGAAGCUUUAA